GAACAAUCUUGACUUGUAUUGCUCUGUUAGGCAUAGGCUACAAAAUUAAAGAAAGGAUAUGGGAAAACGAACAAGUAAACAAAGCUGCCGACAUUGUUCUAAAUACAAUGAGGCAAGAACGAAGUAUGAUCUCAAACGAAUGGCGAGAACCGGUCAUGCCUCAUAUCAAAAAUGAUUUUAAGCGUAUUGAGCUAUGGAAACGUGUUGAAAAAUGCAUUCAAAAAAAUCCUAUGGUCCGAACUCGUC